GUCAAAUAUUCUCGACUGGAAAAAAAUAUUAGACAGAAAUACAUUCGAGGAUAGCCAUCUAAAACCGUGAGAUUUAUCUGAUAUAUACAUGAACACAUUUAAUCUAAAUGUCUAAAUGAUUAAUACGUUAUUCUAAAGACAAAUACAUCACAAUAAUGUAUAAGUCAACGAUUUGAAAGGUUCUGCGCAAACUUCGCGCUUCUGUGACAUCAUGCAGACACCAGACGCACAUGUGUCUUCUUGCUUUCAUGUACUUCGUCAUUAAAUUCCUCUACAGGUCACUUCUUUGAAAAUGAUGAGGAAAUGUAUACAAAAGUCGUUCAUUCACAUGUCAGCGGUCUAUCAAAAGAAGACGCCUCUGCAUAUGAAGGGGAAAAGUGCUGCUGAUCAGAGAUGGCUGGUGCGGCAGCUCAAUGACCCUUUCGUUAAAGCUGCUCACCUGCAGAAUUACCGCUGUAGAAGCGCCUUUAAACUGAUCGAGAUAGAUGACAAAUACAGACUUCUGAAACCUGGUUUAAGUGUCAUAGAUUGCGGUGCUGCGCCUGGUGCGUGGAGUCAAGUUGCCGUCCAGAGAGUCAAUUCAACAGCAGAAAGUGCAGAUCUUCCAAAAGGAAGCGUAAUAGGAAUAGACAUAUUACGCAUCGCCCCUUUGGAUGGAGCUCAGUUUCUGUCCAAUCACGACAUCACUGCUCUUUCAACUCACACGGCGCUAGAGAGGCUCCUCCCUGAAGCUGGAGCAGAUAUCAUCCUCAGUGACAUGGCCCCCAAUGCCAGUGGGCUCAGGGAACUGGAUCAUGAAAGACUGGUCACCAUGUGUCUAUCAGCGCUGGACUUAGCUGACAAGGUUUUGCGUCCCGGGGGCUCUUUGAUUUGUAAAUACUGGGAUGGAGCUCUGGCCAAUAAGCUCCAGCAGAGACUUUCCUCUAUGUUUCAAGAUGUAAGAACCGUAAAGCCAAGAGCAAGCAGGAAAGAGUCAGCAGAGCUUUUCUUUCUGGCAAGGAUGUUUAAAAUGAAAUAGGAUGAAGGAUGCUUUUUCAUGCAAAUCCAAUUUUAAUAUAUGAGAUAUAAAUAAAUACAUAUUUAUUAAAAGAAA